GCAGGGUGUCUUGUGAACAAAUUCAAAGCAUAAUAGUUUGUGCAGUUUAGCCACUUCCGGUUAUCAUUUUCCCAAGAAAACGCAUGCAUUUGGAAUUGGUUGAGGAAUGAAGAAUACUUAAAAAAGAAAUCAUUAAAUGCCAGACACCAAAAUAACUUGUUCAUUCAUUUUAUGAAUAUUCCAUAGAUCUUUAGAUUAUCAAUCAGCCAAAACAGUCUAACCCCUGACAAAAAUAGUAAAUAUUACAUUGUUAGAUACUAUUACUAGCCUAGCUCCCUUCACCAGAUUAGCUUCUAGGGCUUCAGUUGCAAUAUCUUUUAAUCAGUUGUCUCAUCUAACACACAACAUGGAUGAAACAGUACUUAUAUCACAACAAUAACUAUGCCAGAAAUUCCAAAAAGAAAGAUAUCCAAUGCAAGAAAUUGAUUAAGGGGUCUCAGUGCUUUGCAGAUUUUAGAAUCGACCUAGCAUCACUUCAUCAAAGGACAUGGUAGUCUAGGAAAAGGGUCUUGUAUCUAGAAAUCAGAAAAGGGUCUUGGAAUAGGGUCAUCUAGAAUUCAGAAAGGGUCUAAUUACCCAAUUUGCAUGCAAAGAGAUCUUGCAAUAGCAAUUCCGUUAAAAUCAAACAUGCAAGACAGAGCAGAGGGAAAAGAAAUGUGUUGUUUUUGCAUCAAUCAUGAACCAGAUUUAAGCCAGAUUGCUGAAGAAGUGACAAUACUUACCACAGCGACAGCAUGUCUAAAUGCUAGCAUUAUCCAUCCAAGUAGAAAAAAGGAUGCUUCAUAUCUCAAACAUUUACCUCUCCUGCACCUCUUCCAGAGAUGACACUGAAUUCAUUGGCAUCAAAAGCUGGCUGGACAAAACAAGAUGUUCGACACUACUACUUCAUUAUUCAAAAGAAAGAAAAGAAAAGCUCCAGCCUAAUUACUGCAAAUCAAGCCUGCAGUGCUAGAAGUUUUAUAUCAAACUAGUUCUAUCAGAUCUUUAUAAAGCUAUAUUAAAUUU